CUCUGCACAUAGAGCAUCUCGGACGCACACCAUCGCACUGUCAUCGCGCGGACCAGUAAGCCAAGGCACUUUACUACACUCAAGCUACGAGGUAUCUCCGCGGUGAAGCCAGCCUCCGUCUCUCAGCCACUCUCCCUCCUCCUUCUCGAUCGGUGCACUGCUGAAGAUGAAGAUGAUUGUGAAGAUUGUGAAGAUGAUGCGAUGAUUGAUGACUGGUUAUCCAACCUUUGAUUUCCUCAAUCUACAGGCAUUGCAAGCCAGCGACACUCUCUUCCGCUUCGAACCGCCGUCGAUGCUGCCAGCACCAAUUGCGCCGGAGCCGCCGCCGCCGAUGCCAUUCGACGAGCUGAUCGGCGUGCCGACUCCUCCGGGGCCACCAGGAUUACUUGCUGCGCUAGCACCAUCCUCGCACUCGCUAUGGGCCCUAUUCAUCAUCCACAGAAUGAUGGGUGAUGAGUUCGGAGUGUGCGCGCGUAUUUGUGAUUGAGUGUGUGUGUUGGGUGAAGUCGCGUCAAGGUGGUUCGGACGGUCGGGGAAUGGUCGGUUGGCGUUGGGGGCAAGGGGGGGAAAGAGCGGAAGAGGACAGACCGUUUCGCUUGCUCUCUUUUUUCUUGCACUGCGGCAGAAGGCGGGUUUACAUACGGCGGGGUUACUUCGGAUUGCGCGGCAGAAAGGGAAGGGGGCGCCGGGUUCGACGGGGAUUGCGGCUGGACCGGGGUCCGAAAUGUGGGGAAGUCUUAAGCAGGCGGCUCCUGCAUGCAGAGGCUUUGUCAGGAAGCAGCGCGGGAUUUAAGCAAUGGCGUUCUGGCCACUUCGACUGGCGAUGGGGGCAGCUGCGCCUAGACAGGGGCGACAGGGGUGCGAGGAGACCGAGACAGCGACCGACGGAGACAGGGCCAGGACCGAGGAGGACGAGGAGGCCCCGUGCGAGUACGGGCUCGGGGCUAGGGAGAGAACGGGGGCGACUAGGGAGCUGUCAGCCCUAUCCGAGGCCAGUGUGGGAAGGGUGCUGGCUGCGGGAUACGCGGCGUCGCGUCCAAGAUGCCAAACAGGUGAUGGACAAGCGAGCAGCCGAUGAUCGCCAUGCCCGAAGGAGGCUGGUGAUUACUGAUCUCUUUCGCUCGCGACGAGACGAGACGGGUUGUGCGGGGUACAUGCCGUAGUCUGGCGACUUCCGGGCGUGCAUGAUGCUGCAAAUGCAAGGCCGUGUUCGCGUAUGCUAAGGGGUGCGCGUCGCGUUCUGGCCAUCUGGGGGCUGGGUGGACAAUCUUGUCUGAUAUAUA